AUGCCAGAUCAUGCAAUUAUUUCAGCUCUCAAUGACGCCAAGAGGCUCACUAAUGUAAAGAGCAUCACAAAUACAAAGAGCCUCACUGAUGCCAAGAGCCGCACUGAUGACAAUAGCCGCACUGAUUCCAAUAGCCGCACUGGUGCCAAAAGAUGCAUUGAUUCCAAUAGCAGCACUGAUGCCAAGAGACGCACUGAUGCCAAGAGCGGCACUGAUGCCAAGAGCCGCACUGAUGCCAAGAGCCGCACUGAUUUCAAUAGCAGCACUGAUGCCAAGAGCGGCACUGAUUCCAAUAGCAGCACUGAUGCCAAGAGUCGCACUGAUGCCAAGUGCGGCACUGAUGCCAAGAGCGGCACUGGUGCCAAGAGCGGCACUGGUGCCAAGAGCGGCACUGGUGCCAAGAGCGGCACUGAUUCCAAGAGCGGCACUGAUGCCAAGAGCGGCACUGAUGCAAGGAGCCGCACUGAUGCUAAGAGCCGCACUGAUGACAAGAGCGGCACUGAUGACAAGAGCGGCACUGAUUCAAAUAGCAGCACUGGUGCCAAGAGCCACACUGAUGCCAAGAGACACACUGAUGCCAAGAGUCUCACUGAUGUCAAGAGCCACACUGACAACAAGAGCCACACUGAUGCCAAAAGACACACUGAUGCCAAGAGCUACACUGAUGCUAGGAGCCACACUGAUGCCAAAAGCCACACUGAUGCCAAAAGCCGCCCUGAUACCAAGAACCACACUGAUACCAAAAGCUGCACUGAUGCCAAGAUUCUCACUGAUUCCAAGAGCCACACUGAUGCCAAAAGCCGCACUGAUGCCAAGAGCCGCUCUGAUGCCAAGAGCCGCACUGAUGCAAAGAGCGGCACUGAUGACAAGAGCGGCACUGAUUCAAAUAGCAGCACUGGUGCCAAGAGCCACACUGAUGCCAAGAGCCACACUGAUUCCAAGAGUCUCACUGAUGUCAAGAGCCACACUGACGACAAGAGCCAAACUGAUGCCAAAAGACAAACUGAUGCCAAGAACUACACUGAUGCUAAGAGCCACACUGAUGCCAAAAGCCGCACUGAUGCCAAGAGCCGCACUGAUGCCAAGAGUGUCACUGAUGCCAAGAGCCACGCUGAUGCCAACAGUCGCACUGAUGCCAAGAGCCACACUGGUGUCAAGAGCCGCACUGAUGCCAAGAGCCGCACUGAUGUUAAGAACACCGAUGUCAAGAGAUUGAUUGAUGACGAGAGCCUAAAUGACGAUAAGGGCAUUGAUGUUUCACAAGAGCCUCACUGA